GCGGAAGCAGAUCGUGUGGUGUGAAUCGGUCGUCGUUGUGGGCCACAGCGAGCUCACGCUGUUCGUCGUCGUCGGACGCAACGAGCAGUCGCAGACAGUUAUAAUAGUCCCGGAUCCAGUUCUAUCUGUCAAUCUGUGGAUCAUCCCGUCAGUAUCAGACCCUGCGUCCCAUUAGCUCCCUAUAUCCCCGUCGUCCCUCUUUUCUUCCGACCACCAUCUUCCUAGUCCUCCAUGGCCGACCAAGAGCUCCAGCUACCGCCUUCGCUUGACCUACCACCGCACCUUUCCGCCCACAAAUAUUUCUUUGUGUGCACCUUGACGGUUGCCGCUUGGGAUACACUCGUUCUCUCACCAAGAGCCUGGCGGCUUCUCAGGACGAAGGAAUGGCCCAUUUUGAAGAUCGCCUUUCAUUUCCUGCGUGUCUUCAUGCCGGUCGUGUUUACGGUCGCUGGUGUCGCAUUCUUCGACACUAAGUGGACUCACGAAACUUGCCAGAGUUUCUUCUUGUUUGAACCGAUAUGCACCGCGAUCAUCCUCGCCAUCUGCUCGAUGGUCCAUGUCAUCCGUAUUCACGCCAUCUACGACAAGAGCCGGACUAUUCUCGUAGGCAUGGGUAGUUUGCUUGCCAUUCAAGUCGUCGUCACCGCUGUCUGCUGUGGCUUCUACCGCAAUACACCACUGGAAGAAGGCCAGGGUUGUAUCGCGAGCCCCAAGCACAACUGGGUUGGUAUCUAUUGGCUUAUUCCCACUAUACUCUACACGGCGUCCUUCAUUCUCGCCCUCAAUCGCUCCAUCAAGUCACUCCAAGUGAAGCCUAUCACCAAAUGGAAGCUGAUGCUCCGUGAUGGUCUUAACUUGUAUGGCGCCAUUUGGAUUGUCAACAUGGUCAACAUGUUGUUCUGGUUCAUCAUCACCCCCACGGGACCAGAGGACCCUGUCAAGACCAUCGUCACGAGCAUGACUGCUGUCCUCACUACUUCUAUGACCCUCCGUGUCAUCCUCUCCGUCCGCGGAACCCUCGUUCAUGGUGGUUCAUUCGCUGUCACCUCUUCCUCUCAUGGCUCUCGCUCCGGCGGGACCACUCAUGUCAUCUCCGCCAACCGUCGCGAACCCACGAACCCAGUGAUUUCCCUCAACCAACAAACACCCGCCACAUACGCUGUUCCUCUCGGUGCAACAAAGGAACGAGAUCAGUGGGUUGGUGCAGAGUAUGACGGCAAGAGCAGCGUUGGUGAUAACAAGGAGGGCGUAUACCCAAUUGACCCAAUUGCUGAGCCCACCGACCCCGCUAACCUCGGUGUUAAGAUCACUGUCAACACUGAGACAGAUUACGACGGUUAUGGCACGAAGUAAAGGGUCGAGAUUGUCUUCUCUUGUUUUUCAAAACCCAACCUGUGACUACGACUAGACGACAGGUGAUGCGCGUGGACAGUAUGCCUCUUCCCUCCUACUUGUUGGCUUUUUUGGUGAUUCACAGUGACAUCCACUCGCGAUACUUACUUGCACUUGUACUCAGCGUCAUCGGCUCCUUUGACUUCCAUGAACCCCCCUCUUUGCGACGUUAUUUAUGAGAUUGCUUUGAUUUUUCCGCUUUCUGUGAUGCUGCAUCUUUCUGCAAACUUCGCAUUCUUGGAUUCCCUGUAACCUAUAUACAUGGUGUUGUAGUAUGUGCGUAAAUCUUAUACUGUAUCUGCGGGACUGAUGUAUCAGGGCCCUCGAGCCUGAGUACAGUGAAGCCAGAUGGCGUAUAGUGUAUAUGGCUCAAUUGACCUGGUUCAGGACUUUUGGCAUCUCGGAGUGUCAGCGUGUAUUUCAACUACGUGUUACUACACUACACAACUCACUUCGAUUCUACAUAGGCUUUAUGUUAUCCACCCAAACCCAAUUGAUCCUGUUGCGAAGGGAUCCCUCUUCUUCAACAAUUUGGCAACCACCGUCGUUUCAC